AUGGAUUGUGCAAACAUUAUAGCUUGGAAUGUGAGAGGAGCUGGAAAUAAGCUGGCUCGGGUGCAUCUGAAACAAUUGGUAAAGAAUUUUCAUCCGUACAUUUUUAUCAUUUUAGAGACUCAUUGUGCUUUCCAAAAGAUGGCUGUCUUUUGGAACAGAUUAGGUUAUACUCCUAUUCAUAUUGAAGAAGCUCAGGGGCAUAGUGGAGGUAUUUGGGUGCUCUCUGCAUGGCCCGGAGUAUCUUGCAAUGUCGUGGCAGCGAGUUCGCAAGUAGUGUGUGUUGAGUUUUUGAAUGGCGGUUUUUCUUGGGUCUGUGCAGCAAUUUAUGCAAGUCCCGUUCCUAGCAAAAGGGAAGAAGCUUGGAGGGUUUUGACAGAUUUUUCUAAAAAUUAUUCAGGUCCUUUAUUAGCUAUUGGGGAUUUUAAUGAGAUCCUUCUUUCAUCUGAGGUUAAAGGUGGGAACUUUGUCUCUCGAAGGGCAGAGCGGUUUGGAGCUCUCCUAGAUGAGUGUGGUUUGAUUGAUUUGGGAGCCCAUGGAUCUUUGUACACUUGGUUCAGACAUAUGCAGGGUAAUCGGUUAAUCUCGAAGAGGCUGGAUAGGGCUAUGGCUACUGAUGCUUGGUGUUUUCGUUUUCCGGAAAGCUAUGUGGAGAAUUUGGCGAGGAUGCAUUCUGACCACUGUCCCAUUAUGAUACGAUGUCAAGGCUGA